AUGGGGGCAUUGCCACAACUCAUGCAGAGUGGAGUAAGCUACGGUGAUUAUUUUACUGGUUCUUACGAUACCAGUGUCACUAGCAAGGCCAAUAUUUAUUGGCAAUCUCUCUUUGCCCUUCAGACGAGGAGCCUCUCGGGCGUCGAGCGGACUUUCGUCCGAGUGAGAGAGUCCCGUCACCCAGCCCAGCGUCCCGCAGCACCGAUAGAGAAAGAGCCGCUAACAUGGGCAAUUCAAUUUAGAGAGAAAGUACUAUGGACAGCAAUUACACUCUUCAUCUUCUUAGUCUGUUGCCAGAUUCCUUUAUUUGGUAUCAUGUCCUCAGACUCCGCAGAUCCUUUCUACUGGAUGAGAGUUAUUUUGGCUUCAAAUAGAGGUACACUGAUGGAACUUGGUAUUUCGCCGAUUGUCACUUCUGGUCUCAUCAUGCAGCUUCUGGCAGGUGCAAAGAUUAUUGAAGUUGGUGACACUCCCAAAGACAGAGCUCUCUUCAAUGGAGCACAGAAACUUUUUGGUAUGAUCAUCACUAUUGGACAAGCCAUUGUGUAUGUCAUGACUGGGAUGUAUGGAGAUCCAUCAGAAAUGGGAGCAGGCAUCUGCCUACUGAUCAUUAUUCAGCUGUUUGUUGCUGGGUUGAUUGUGUUGCUGCUGGAUGAACUGCUGCAGAAAGGGUAUGGUCUUGGAUCUGGUAUCUCUCUCUUCAUUGCUACAAAUAUCUGUGAGACCAUUGUGUGGAAAGCUUUUAGCCCAACCACCGUGAACACAGGAAGAGGGACAGAGUUUGAGGGAUUGAUUAUUGCCUUGUUCCAUCUCCUGGCCACACGGCAGGACAAAGUCUGUGCUCUUCGUGAAGCCUUUUAUCGUCAGAACCUGCCAAAUCUGAUGAACCUUAUUGCCACCAUCUUUGUUUUUGCAGUAGUGAUAUACUUUCAGGGCUUCAGAGUGGAUCUCCCAAUCAAGUCUGCCCGUUACCGUGGACAAUACAACACCUAUCCCAUCAAGCUUUUCUACACCUCCAACAUUCCUAUCAUUCUCCAGUCUGCUCUAGUCUCCAACCUGUAUGUCAUCUCUCAGAUGUUGUCUACAAGAUUCAGCGGCAAUUUUCUAGUCAAUCUGUUGGGGACAUGGUCUGAUAACACUGGUGGUGGUCCAGCCCGUGCGUAUCCAGUUGGAGGUCUGUGCCCUCCAGAGUCAUUCAGUUCGGUGUUGGAUGACCCUGUUCAUGCGGUGAUUUAUAUUGUCUUCAUGUUGGGCUCCUGUGCUUUCUUCUCCAAGACCUGGAUCGAGGUGUCUGGUUCUUCUGCCAAAGAUGUAGCCAAACAGCUAAAAGAACAGCAGAUGGUGAUGCGAGGACAUAGAGAGACCUCAAUGGUCCAUGAACUUAACAGGUAUAUUCCCACUGCUGCAGCAUUCGGAGGCCUGUGUAUUGGUGCACUCUCAGUACUUGCUGACUUUCUGGGAGCCAUUGGUUCUGGGACUGGUAUCUUAUUGGCAGUGACCAUCAUUUACCAGUACUUUGAGAUCUUUGUGAAAGAGCAGAGUGAAGUGGGAAGCAUGGGAGCCCUGCUCUUCUAACAAUGUACCGACUCUCCUAUCCUUUUGAUUGUUUGAUAGUGUCCAGUCGAGAGAUUUCUGAAUUAUCACAGCAGGGAAGAACAUUUCUGACCCCUUUCUCACCCAGGGUAACUUUUUUUUUCAAUUUUGAGAAUUCACCACUGAGUGGCUUAGGGCUAUUCUGCUUUUCAUUUGCUUUUGAUAUCGAGAGCUGAAAAAAAGCAUAUUUUGGAAUCUGUUUUGUUUAAAUUAUGGUUAAGAGCACAAAUUUCCACCAAGGGAAAGUUGUAUAUGCAUGUGGAGUGAGUCUGUGUGUUUGCGCGCGAACCUGUGUGUAUUCUUUCACUGAUUCAAACUUGCAACUGAAGGAUCCAGGCGGAAUGGAGGUUCCUUCUGAAUUGAAGCUUCUCAUUGCCUCAGUAGAUACAUUGUUAUCAGGUAUCCAGGUCAAGUGGUCUCUGGUUUGCUCUCUGAUCAUUUCCUGGCCUCAUAACUGGAAUACUGCGGUGGACAGUUGUGAAGGGAACACCAGACAGUACUCCUCCACCAUUAUCCACAGCAAUCACUGGGAAUGGAUUUGGAGGUCACAGGGAUCAGGCUCCAAUCCUGCUCUGGUGUAACUUGAGGUCAAUAUAGCAGUAUCGAAGCUCCGACACAAAGGCCUUGUUACCAUGGGCUGUUACCUCAGCAGAGAGUUGGCCUCCUGGGACGAAGACUGAGCUGAACAUCACAGCUUUGUCCUGGAUGUGAUGUGUCAGGAGGCCUGUAUUAAACUAUCCACCUACAACUAUUCAGUAUCGUAUUAAGGUGCUGUUAAUUAAUUUACCUCUUUCCUAAUUUCUUUCUUUUGACCGUUUUUGUUAAGAUGUGGUCAGUGCAGCUACAACAGGUUGAUAUCUUUCCUUUCAGAGAAGGCAUGAACGUCUCCAUAACAGUCACUAAAUGUCAGUGUCGGGUUUGAUAGUGGAUGCGCCAGCAAAUUUAUUGGCCUUUCUAAGGUUAGGAGUGAUGGGAGGUGCAAGUUUCUUCACUGUAUUGCGGUUAUUUGGUAUAACCAGCUGUCAGGUGCUGGAUGUAGUUGUUUAGCUUUUUAAACAGAAAUGGUUGAACCUUAAGGUGCACAGGAGUUCUCUUGGUUUGAAAAUUCGAGUUUAAAUAAAAUUUGACGUAGCUUCUUAAACAAAUAAGGAAUUUUUUUCUGUAGCCUCUUUCCCUUUCCCACCAGUUAAGAAACCAAUUGGAGUUUCUGGGAAUUUUUAAUUCCAGUUCUUGCUGGGCCCAGCUAGGUGGGUGUGUGUUUGCGUGUGUGUAUGCUGUUACCUGCUCCUGAUUUAUUCUUCAAUGCAUCUUGUUGUGUUGCAUUUGGACAUAUCGGGACGACUUACAAUGCUCACUCCCUCUUUGGUCAAAUUGUCCAGGUUUGUGCAAAAGGAAUGGCCAUGGGGGGAAUGCAAGGUGACGUUACAGUUCUCUCUCCUGGGGAGGGUACGGAAUGGCUGGUAUUCUGAGCAUAUUUUUAAGUACAGGGGCCCAUUAAUAAAUUUGCUGGCAUCUGUCUCCAAACCUCACUUUAUGUAGAAUAACUUUUGUACGUAAUUCUCAGCACCUGUAUGAAAACCAAUCUUCCUCUGCCCUGUUGUGAUAAUGUUUUUAAAAGACUCUUGCUGAACAGUGUAAAAACAUUUCUGGAUUUCUCUUUCAAUCCAUAGUUCCAGUUUUGGGAAAAAAGUGGAAUUUCUAUGCAUUCCCACCAGUUGGCAGCAACUAAACCUCAAAAAGCAGUGUUUGUUCUCCAGAACUUGACGACUUCAAACCCUGUCUUUAUAAAUAAAGUGUUUUGGAAAAGU